UUUAUUUCUUUCACUCAAAGGUUUCUUUACAACUUAGAGAUGUAUUUAUAUCAAAGACUGAAAACCCUAGCUUUGUGUUCCACCGUUGAUCAAGCUGUGAUUCCUUCAUGAGAUGUUAACAGCUGGAAUCGAUUAUGCAAUGUCAUUGUCUUCUCUUUUCCGUACUCUGCAGGACCACUGCUUUUCUCUCUUUUUCUGUUUUCGAUUCCACAAGAUGUAGCCGUUGAAUAGUCUUUUGUCCAAGUGGGCUUUUGUUCUAUUUCCGUUAGGCCCAUCUUGGUGAAGCUUGUUUGAGCUCUAAUAAUCUCACGGCCCAUCUCUUCUUCCUCGUGUAUACUCUGUUUCGUUUCAGAAACAAAACUCUGUGUUUCUGAAACUGGUUUCUCCUUUUGUCUCCACACUGACUUUCCCUUGUUGUCUACAGACAUGGGUCAAACUUUUCGCAAGCUUUUCGAUACUUUCUUUGGCAAUCAGGAAAUGAGGGUCGUUAUGCUGGGUCUGGAUGCGGCAGGCAAAACAACUAUACUCUACAAGCUCCACAUAGGAGAAGUUCUGUCCACUGUUCCCACAAUCGGUUUCAAUGUGGAGAAAGUCCAGUACAAGAAUGUGAUGUUCACAGUUUGGGAUGUUGGUGGCCAAGAAAAGCUCAGGCCCUUGUGGAGGCAUUACUUCAAUAAUACCGAUGGACUUAUAUACGUGGUAGAUUCCUUGGACCGCGAGAGAAUUGGUAAAGCUAAGCAAGAGUUUCAGGAGAUCAUAAAAGACCCAUUCAUGCUUAAUAGCGUCAUUCUAGUGUUUGCAAACAAACAAGACAUGAGAGGAGCCAUGUCUCCCCGAGAAGUAUGUGAAGGGCUUGGCUUAUUAGAUCUCAAGAACAGGAAAUGGCAUAUACAAGGCACAUGUGCUCUUCAAGGAGAUGGCCUCUAUGAAGGCUUAGACUGGUUAUCCUCUACGCUCAAAGAGGUUAGAGCAGCUGGUUUCUCAUCCGCUGGCCCCUUGUUUUAACCUACUUUUGUCCGCAUAUGACCAAAUCAAGCUCAUGGUGUCUCUCAAGUCUCUCCACCAUUAUAUACUUUUGUUCCAUAACCAAAGUCUUCUUCUUGGCCUCUGAAGACUUUUUGUGAAAGCCAAUGUUAUUAUCAAACUAUACUCACUGUUUGCAUGAUAUGACGCUUGGGCUUCAUUGUAUACACUGAUGAAAAAAAUGUUUAAUAUGCAAAAUUAUCGUUAAUUGUC